UUUCGAUUGUCUUGAAGUGCGAAACUGAUCACUAGUUGCUAUUAGACGGUUAUUUGAUUUAUUAUUCAAAACCAGGUUCCCACGGGUUGGAAAUUCUUUGGUAAUUUAAUGGAUGCUGGACUGUGUUCAGUUUGUGGUGAAGAAAGUUUUGGGACUGGUUCGGACCACAUUCGUGAGAAGGAUGGAAUCUGGGCAGUUUUGGCCUGGCUAUCCAUACUUGCAUAUAAAAACAAAGAUAAUCUUGAAAGCAAGCUUGUAACAGUUGAAGACAUUGUUCGCCAGCAUUGGGCUACUUAUGGGCGCCACUAUUAUACUCGAUAUGACUACGAAAAUAUGGAUGCAGGUGCAGCAAAGGAACUGAUGGCACAUUUGGUCAAACUGCAGUCCUCACUCCCAGAAGUCAAUGAGAUUAUUAAGGGGGCAAGUUCAGAUGUGUCAAAGGUUGUCCACGGUGAUGAAUUUGAAUACAAUGAUCCUGUGGAUGGUUCCAUUUCAUCACACCAGGGCAUCCGAUAUUUGUUUGAGGAUGGAUCCCGAUUGAUCUUCCGCCUCUCUGGAACUGGAUCAGAAGGUGCAACUAUUCGACUAUACAUCGAGCAAUAUGAGAAGGAUCCAUCAAAGAUUGGGAGACUUUCACAUGAAGCACUUGCACCUCUUGUGGAGGCUGCUUUGAAACUUUCAAAGAUGGAGGAGUUCACCGGCCGAUCUGCCCCCACAGUCAUCACAUAAAUGCAUACUUCAGGAACCAAGUCAUUUCCUAUUGUCUGUCAAAAUUCCAAUCCUAUGUUAAUUUUACGAGUAGCCAACCUAUAUUGUUGGUUGUUUUCAGCCCUUACUAUGGGCAGUUGAGUGGAAUUUGUAUUACUUUAACUAAAUUUUGAUGUGCUAAAUAAUUCAAAACUGCCGAGUGCUGAUUAUAUAUGUUCUUAACAUGAUGUUAAUUCCUCUUUUGCUGGAA